ACUUUUGAUUCCGAGCUCAGCUGAGUCACUGGGACCUGGUCUCUGCCUCCAACAACACGACACACAGAAGCGGUUCUGUUGGAUCAGUGUGGAGUGAAUCUGAUCAACUGGACACAUUCUGUCGACAUCGGGGGUUCGUUCUCGUCGGUCAGGUCAUGGGCGACACGGACAAUACGCGGGAGACACAUGCCAAGGGCCUGUGUGACCGUCAGGUGGACGGUGGCCUGGAGGAGGACAGUCAGCUCCGGGAGGCCAAGAAGGAACUGGAGACAUGGAAGAUGAAAGCAGAGAGAGCCGACGAUGUGAAAUCCAGGCUGAUAGUGGAAAAACUGGAAGAAGAUGAAGCCAAGGAGAAGGCCAAGCAGGAGAUGAUAGCCUGGGUCAAAAAGCAGGACGAGUGUCAGAAGGAAUUCACUCAGAGCAUGGGCUCAGUGCAGGGUGAACUCUUGAAGCUUGCCAAGCGCAAACAGGAUUUGCUGGACAAACUGAAGAUGUGUCAGGAUCAACUGGAGAGUAAGAGGGCCGAGUCCACCAAACUGAAGCAGAAAUUCAAGAUCUUUGUGCAGAUUCCUGACACAGAGGUAAGGUUCAGCGCUCAGGACAAAGAGGAGAGUGAUGACGACAGUCAGCCAAUCAGAGGCGUGUUCAUCAUUGAACAGAGACCCACUGUUCUUCUGCGGGGGGGACAGGCUCUCAUCACCUUCAAAGAGGAGCAAGUGGCCUCUCAGAUCCUGAAUAUCCCCAAGUGUUCGGUGUCCUGUGAGGACAUGAGUUUGGAUGUGAAACCAAAAAGAAUAACCAUGGAUCCUGCUGUAAAGUUUGAGGUCCACCUUGAUGUCUCCAGAAGGAAGCUCGUGGUUUCCAACAUCCCCCCUUCCAUGCCAGAGGAGAGAAUGAGGGAUCGACUGAUGAUAAGUUUCUCUCGGCCCAGCAGAGGAGGAGCAGAGGUGCAGGGAGUGGAGUACGAUGAGAGCACCGGGACAGGACACAUCACCUUUCUCCACCCUGGAGUUGCUGAGAUCUUGGCUCUGGGAGGGAGUUACCAAGUGGAUCUUGAAUCAGAGGUGAACAUGCUGGUUGGACCCGUUUACCAACACCAGCUGUGCAAGUUUCAGACGUUCUGUGGCGCUCCGAAGCGAACCAUCCUCCUGGAUGACAUCGAAGACAUCGAGGAAGAGGAGGACCUGCAGGACCAUCUGGAGAUCCACUUCCAGAAGAAAAGUAACUGUGGCGGCGACAUACAGAGCAUCAAGUACAUAUCUGGGGGGAAGGUCAUGCAGGCCCUUUUCUGUGAGGAGGCAGGGAAGAGGGAAGACUGACUGUCAACUGCAGGAAUCAAACCUCAGACGGCUAAAACAUUAAUAAUACAUUAAUAUGUAUAUGUCACACCCUGAUUGUAUGUACAUGUCUGGUCCUAUGUUACACACACCACACUUCACAUCUGUAAUCAUGUAUUUCGUUCAGAAAAUUGUGUGUCUGGUGAGGAAUGUCUCUUUUACACUUAAUCCAGAGCCCUAGAUCAUCAUCAUGAAGAUUGGAGACAUAAGAGGUUCUGGUGGUUAACAGGCUACUUGUUCUAUUCAGAAGCUGCAUUCAAACACACUGUAGCCCUGUGUGAAAAAUUACUCUUCCACACUGUGCUUAUUAAAAGAUCUGAUUCAA